CCGAGCCCCCGGGCAGCCGGCUGCCAUUUCAGCGCCGCCUGCAGCUCCGAACCCUCCAUUUUAUUUGUAAUUCCGCCUCGUGCCCGCUCGCAGCUCCCGUGGCUCCGGAUUGCCUCUCGGAGUUGCCUCCCCCGCCCUCCCCCCGCGACACACACAGCGCCAUCGCAGCUCGCUCGCUGUAACGCCAAUGGGCCGGUUUCUCUAGCUUCUCCCCCACCCCAUCCCCCCACCCUACCCCACCCCGCCGCUUGCAACUCCAUUGCUUUCCCAGGCAUGAGAAAUUGCAAAAUGGUCCGGGUGGCUAGUGUGCUGGGGCUGGUGAUGCUCAGCGUGGCUCUGCUGAUCUUAUCCCUCAUCAGCUACGUGUCCCUGAAAAAGGACAAUAUCUUCACCACUCCCAGAUAUGCCAGCUCGGGGGUGCCCAGAAUGUACAUGUUCCAUGCUGGAUUCAGGUCCCAGUUUGCACUGAAGUUUCUGGACCCUUCAUUUGUACCAAUUACAAAUUCGUUGACACACGAGCUGCAGGAAAAGCCUUCCAAAUGGACGUUUAAUAGAACAGCAUUCUUACAUCAAAGGCAAGGAAUUCUCCAGCAUGUUGAUGUAAUAAAAAAUUUUUCUUUGACCAAGAAUAGUGUUCGGAUUGGACAGCUGAUGCAUUAUGAUUAUUCCAGCCAUAAGUAUGUUUUCUCUAUUAGCAAUAACUUCAGAUCACUGCUUCCAGAUGUCUCACCUGUCUUGAAUAAGCAUUAUAACAUUUGUGCUGUUGUUGGAAAUAGUGGAAUCCUUACAGGGAGUCAGUGUGGACAAGAAAUAGAUAAGUCUGAUUUUGUUUUUCGUUGCAACUUUGCUCCAACUGAGGCUUUCCAAAAAGAUGUUGGAAGGAAAACCAACCUUACAACCUUCAAUCCCAGCAUCCUGGAAAAGUAUUACAACAAUCUUUUGACCAUUCAGGAUCGCAAUAACUUUUUUCUAAGUUUAAAAAAGCUUGAUGGGGCCAUUCUUUGGAUCCCAGCUUUUUUCUUCCACACUUCAGCAACUGUUACAAGAACAUUGGUUGACUUCUUUGUUGAGCAUAGAGGGCAAUUAAAGGUCCAGCUGGCUUGGCCAGGAAAUAUAAUGCAGCAUGUCAACAGGUACUGGAAAAAUAAACAUUUGUCACCCAAGCGACUGAGCACAGGUAUUCUUAUGUAUACCCUUGCUUCUGCAAUAUGUGAAGAGAUCCACUUGUAUGGGUUUUGGCCAUUUGGAUUUGAUCCUAACACCAGGGAAGACCUCCCAUACCAUUACUACGAUAAAAAAGGAACAAAGUUCACUACCAAGUGGCAGGAGUCCCACCAGCUGCCUGCAGAAUUCCAGCUGCUCUACAAAAUGCAUGGUGAAGGACUAACUAAACUGACUUUGUCACAUUGUGCCUAAGAACUUAAAACUUGAAGUGCCAAAUGAUUGUUUAAAAAGUGCCCAAAACUGAAUUAAACAUUCUUUAAAAUAUAAUUCUAAAAAAAAAAAGAAAAAAACCUAAAAUAUUUUCCAUAAUAUAAAGAUGCUUUUUAAUCACCCUUAUCACAACUCAUCAAAAGGUUUCAGCAUAUUUAGCAAUGCAGAAGUGUUUAUCAAAACGUACCAACACUAUUCAUGGACCAGGAAAGUUUAAACUAUUUAAGAUAGAUAUUUUGCAUUUAUAGAUAUGCUACUAAAUACAUGUUUUAAAAUAUUUUCAUAUAUACAUAUAUAUAUAUUUUAACAUUACACUAAAUGCCUCUAA